AUGAGUGAGCUAACGUUAUCGACAUAUAAGUCACUAUUGAGAUCACUUGUCCGUAGUGCGAAGCACAAUAAAAUCCAACAACUACAGCAAGAUACAAAGAAACAAAUAGCCUUAUUGACAUACAAUAGGAUCCAAUUAGUGAGACAACAGCAGGAGAAGGGCCUAGAUGCAAUGGCAAGAAGCAAGGUAUUAAAACAGCUCAGUGCGGUUGGAAAAAAAAUUGAAAUUUUGAAGACUAAGGACCCAUUGAAAUCUAAAGAGCUAUUAUUUUACAGCCAUAGCAAACAUCUCAAAGAUAUUGUUCUAUCGCUGAAAGAUGACCCGCGUUCUCUUCAACAUUUGAAAGAUAUUGCGGCCUUUGUUGUCAAUCAAAGUGAAUACGAGCAGUUGAUCGAAAGAUAUAAUCCAGGAUUGAAAAUGUCACAAGAGGAAAAAGUUCAAAAGACUGCUAACAAGGUAGGUCUACAAGUUCCUGAGUAA